AACUAGUUACAACAAGAGUAAAACCAGUGAAAAGGAUUAAACUCGUGUUAAAGAAGCGCGGACGAGAGGAUUUAAGAAGUCGGAGCGCGUAUUGGAUUAAGAAGGAGCUACAUAUUCACUAAAUUCCAAUGCCGCUCCACAAGUCGGCCCGGGCGCCCCGCCUGGAUCCCACUAUGAUUUCUGCUCCACUCGGCGACUUUCGUCACACCAUGCACAUAGGUCGUGGUGGUGAUGCAUUUGGAGACACCUCCUUCUUGUCCAGCCAUGGCCCUGCCAAAUCAGAGUGCCCUCCCAAAUCAGAGUCCUUUUCUUCCAUCACCCCCCCUGUGGUGGCCAAUACUGACGACACGGAUGUGAGAGCAAAUCAUGAUACUGAAAACAAGCCUCCUGAUGAGCCACUUCCACCUCUUCAGCACUCAGAAUCAGUCUCAUCCUUCGACUUGGACCUCGAUCUGGGGCCAUCCAUUUUAGGAGACGUGCUUGGAGUGAUGGAUGGACUAGGCUUGGGUGCUAACUGGACGACAGGCAAUGACGAAGACGUGUUUAGCACAGACAAGAGCCGUGCGGAUGAAGGAGUAUUAGUAAUGGGUGCAACAAAGGAGCUGUACGAGAAGAGGACAGAGAGCUUGAGCAGAGAGGAAGAACAUCUCAAUGACGUCAACGAUGUCAAAUCCAAAGGGCUCCGACCAAAGGUGCGAUUCAGCGACAAAAAGGAGGAGAUCGUCGGUCGGCAGUAUGUAAUGAGUGCAUCGGAGGAGGAACAGGAGAAAGAAAUGCAGAUGAGGGCUGAAGCAGUAAAGCCAGAGUCGACCAAUCACCAGGGACACAACAGUCCAAGCCCUACUUCUUCAAUGAGCUCAGAGUAUGAAGGUAUAUCCCCAUUAGACAGAAGGAGAGAGGAGGAUCACCUGUCUGAGUCAGGAUCAGAUGAAGAUGGCGUUUCUGGAGAGCAGGGCUAUACAUUUGAGGAUGAGUCCGAUGAUGAGAUCGGUCUUUAGGAGAGUGAUGUAAAGAUCAAGACACAAAACAUGCACAGAAUUCAUUUUAAUCGACAUAUAAAAGGGAGACAUGACCAAAGUACACAAUACUCAUAUUCAUCUGGAGAUACUGGACCUUUUUAUUUACAGGAUAUUAAUACACAUAUAAAACUCACAGACUCAUUAGUGUCAUAGUAACUAGUUCUACAGUAACCAGUGAUCUUUAUAUGGAAACAUUAUGGUAACCUUUAUAUUUGAUGGUUAGACCUCUAGACCUCUAGUAUUAUUGUGAAAUGCCCUGACCUGCAUUGAAGACUGAAGGUUUCAGACACGCUUUUCUGAGAGUACACUUAAGUCUUAACGACAUAUCAUUUUGGGAUAUAUUAAGACAUUUUAAAAAUCAGAUAGAUAUAGAUAUUUGUUGUAGCAUUGUGAGCAAAUUUCCUCUUUUUUUUUUUAAAGUAUCAUCUCAACACACAAGAAGCAGUUAAACCAAACAGCAGUGUUCAUCAUGUGGUAGAAAGACUUUACAUUUGCUUUACAUUUGGUUGAAAAACGAAUCUGUAGGCUAAUUUAGUUAUUAGUUUUCCUUUCUUUUAAACUAUAUACUAUAUAUAUUUGUUAAUAUGAAAUAUAAGCAAAAAACAAAUGCAAUGGGUUUUCAUUUACUGAAACGGA